AUGCAGCCACUCGUGCUUCAUCCUCCGAGCCUCACGACCGCCCAGUUCGGACAGCCCCGAUUCAACUCAGGCCCAGAGCGGCUGCCGUUGAAUCGACCGUGGCCUUCCAAUGCUCGUGGGUAUAGCCCUCGGGAUCCUCCCCCCGUCAAUCUAUGUCGGGCUCCCUGCCGGCCGAAGAGCCCGCGCAUUAUCCCAACCCCUGGCGGUGGUGAGUGCACCUCCACCGGCGCAUAUUCCACCGUCGCGGUAUGGAGAAAGAAGCGGACCACCACCCCCGCAUUUGGGGGCUCCCCACGCCCCGUCCUGGGCGCCCCGCCUUAUCUACCACUCUCAACCGUGGAUCCAUCGAUCGCGGGACCACCGACCAGGUCACUGGCGCAGAAAUCAACCCGGCGGACUAAAGCUCAUGUAGCAUCGGCUUGUGUGAACUGCAAGAAGAAGCAUCUCGGAUGUGACCCAGCGCGCCCAUGUCGAAGAUGUGUUCUCGCUGGCAAGGCCUCUUCAUGCGUAGAUGUCACGCACAAGAAACGAGGACGGCCGCCGUUGAAAGCGGAAGAUUCUUCUCUGCGCUCCUAUUCCACUCCGAUGGACAGUUCGGCUGUGCCCGCGGAAGCCCAGCCAUCGGCGGCCUCCCAGAGAACCGCCAUGCAUCGAGCAACAUCAUCCCGUGAAUUAAGACCGAUGACCGAUCUUCAGGGAAUCAGUGAACCAGGACCAGCGAGUGCAGCAAUGCGAGUCCCGCGCGGUGGUCAAUCACACCGGUGGUCUGCUUCUGUAUUUCCUCUGUCUCGACCGAUGGAUCCGUCUCCGUCGAUACCGGCCCCGGUGGGAAGGCGGCCCUUUUCUGCAUCUGGUCCGCCUAAUUAUGCGCCGCCAGCGCCUCCGCCGCCCGCAUUUGUCCCGAUCACAGCUGGAUUCAACCCAGUACUCAAGCCUGGGACGAUCCCCCCGGGGAUGGAGAGACGAUUUCCACUGUAUGCCAGCCCAGCGUUACCACCGCCAACGUCUCCUUCACAACAUCAUCCGCCGGGAUUGCUCUAUUCACCCUACGCCGAGCCUCCCAGCAAUACGAUGCAUCAGCCAUUAAGCGACCCUCGUAUUCCUCAGGGCCCUCGCGAACCGUAUCUAGAGUCACCUGUUCGACUGCCACCGAUCUACCACGCAACCGCCAGUCCUGGACCUCCGCCGCCGCCACAUCAUGCACAUCGCCUAAGUGAUCCAUACCCCGCUAGUUGGAGUUCUUCCGGCCGGGAAGAUCAUCCCAGGGAGCCCAGGUCCCCGGCACAGCGGCAACCACCAACGAGCUCGGCCUUCUCGCACUCUCCAUCCCACCACCGCUCAUCAUCUGCGGCCGGUCCCCUCGAUCCGGUGCCACGACAUCUCGGCCUAAUAGACUUUCCCUCACCGGGAUCGAUUGGCCACUCAUUAUCUGCGCCAACCCGGGUGUCUACAAAUCCCACCACCGAAGCCGAAAGCCAAGAGCCUCGACCCGUCAAACGUCGCAAAAUGGCUCUGGAUGACAUGGUGAAUGGUUGA